AUGUCGAUUAUUGAAUAUUUAAGUGACAGUGAGAUGUUUGAGGAGCAAGGAGAUGUAGAUAAGACGCAGAAAAGAAUGAGAGAAGAAAGUGAAAGUGAGUGGACAGCCGUAGGACAGGGAAAAGAGAAAAAAUUAAAAGAAAGCGAAAAAAUUGAAGUUUACAUUUCAAGUAAAGAAAAAUUACCUAAACAGUUUUCUUUGGCUAGAAUUUUUAAAGAACAAAACAUUUCGGAUAUUAUUAGGGUAAAAUAUUUAAAUCCAUUUAAAGUCAGAAUAGAUAUAAUUAGCGAGAUAAGCGCACAAAAAAUCGAAGAAUGUCAGUAUUUCAAAGAUAAAAAUUGGCGAAUCCAGAAGGCGUUAGAAAGGAAUUUUUCUUAUGGAAUUAUAAGAGAUGUAGACUUAGAUUUAACGAAUGAAAAAAUUUUUGAAAAAAUUAGAUGUGACUUACCAGCUCAAUUAAUUUCCGCUUAUCGUCUCAGUCGAAGGAAUCUGACAGAACCGGGGUGGAUACCCAGCGAAACUGUAAGGUUGUGCUUUAAAGGGGCUUUCAUCCCUGCAUAUGUAUAUGUUGAAGAAUUGAGAGUCAAAGUAGAAAAUUACGAAUUUCCAGUGACACAGUACUCUCGUUGUUGGAAAUUUGGACAUCGUAAAGUUAGAUGUCCUUCUUUGAAGAUAGUGUGCCCGAAAUGUUCAAAAAAUCACGAAAAUUGUGAAAAUACAAUAUUUAAAUGUGUCAACUGUUUCGGUAAUCACAUGGCAUUGUCAAAAGUAUGCCCUAAAUUCUUAAAAGAGAAGAAAAUAAGAAGUUUAAUGUCUGAAUUUAAUUGUACCUACCGAAAAGCUCUUGAAACUUAUGUACCACCCGAGGUAUAUGAUCAAGAGGAGGAAAGAAAAGAAAACGAAGAAAGAAACGAAGAACAAGAAAGAAGUCGAGAAGGCGAACCUCUACUAUCUCAAACGGAAAACUUAAAUUGUCAAGAUUAUCCAACCCAAAAUAGUAUAGAAAUUUUAUUAGUUAAGCUAUUUAAUUGCGAUGUAAUAGAAAACAUAAUAUCUCUUUAUUGUCCACCUUCGGUCAACACCUGCCAACUUGACUGGGAGCAUUUAUUCGCGUCUUCAAGGAGUAAAACAUUAUUGGUCGACUUUAAUGGUCACCACACAAACUGGUCUAAUAAAAUAGAUGCUAGAGGGAAGCAAAUUAUGGAUGCGUUAAUGUCCGAUAAUAGUUUUGUUACACUUAAUAACGGGGAUAUAACGAGAAUUAAACUUGUAAAUGGUGUGAUACAACAGUCAUUACCUGAUAUUUCGUUUGCUUCAACGGAUAUCGCUCUCAGAUUCGAUUGGAGGGUGUUGAAUGAAACCUUAGGAAGUGAUCAUUGUGUUAUAAAAAUUAAUGCACAUGUAAAAGCAGAACCGAAAUGUAUAUCUCGCAGGAAUUUUAAGAAAGCGGAUUGGAAUUCUUAUACCGAGUUACUUCAAACCUUAUAUUCUGACUUCAUUAUAUCCAACGAUUUACAACACGAUUACAAUAAUUUUAUAGACUACAUGAACAUUGCUGCUGAUAUUCAUAUUCCAUUUGUUAAAAUUUGUACAAAUCCUACAAGUAAUUUCUUGCCUCGCCCUUAUUGGAAUCAAAUUCUUUCAAAAUGUGUAGCAGAACGCCGUUUAGCACUGUCGCAAUUUCGCCGUAAUCCAACUCCCAAUAAUUUGACUUACUUACGGACUAAAAUACGUACUUCUCAAAAGUUAAUGCGCAAAUUCAGAUCACAGUCAUGGCAGGCUAUGUGUUCUUCUUUAAAUGAGUCAUCAACUCAAACAGAGGUUUACAAUAAACUGAAGUGGAUAAAGGGCUACAAAGCAUACGGUAAUUAUAUUGAUAUAGGAAAGGCCAAUGAAUUGUUAAAAAAUUUAGCACCAGAUUACGUACCCACUCACAAACAAUCAUUUUCAUCCAGUAAUAUCAAAUUAGAAUCAGUUAUAACUCUACAUGAAUUAGAAAAAAGCAUUAAAGUGAAGGACACCUCUCCCGGAUGUGACAACAUAUCGUAUUCAAUGAUUAAGAAUUUGCCGUUGAAUGGUAAAGUUUUGUUGCUUUCUCUCUACAACAAGUUCCUCAUUAAGUCAUUUGUACCCAUCCAAUGGCAAGAUAUCAGUAUAAUACCAAUACCAAAACCCGGACGUGAUACACAAAAUAUUUCCUCGCUGAGACCAAUUUCAAUGAUCUCAUGCGUUUGUAAGGUUUUUCACACCGUUCUACUUAAUAGAUUAGAAUGGUUCAUUGAGAGAAACCAUAUUUUACCUGAGACUAUUACAGGUUUCAGAAAAUGCCAUUCAACUCAACAUAAUCUUGCUUCUUUAGUCUCCAGAAUACAGUUAGGGUUUACAGAAAAAUAUAGUACGGUAUGCUGUUUCAUCGAUAUAGACAACGCGUAUAAUAACGUUGAUGUAAAUAGUUUAUUACAUACUUUGGAUAGACUAGGGGUAGGCACAAAAAUCUGCAAAUAUUUAGAAAACUUUCUGAGAGAUAGAAUCCUUAAAAUUCAAACAAAUAAAAAACAAGUUUGUAGAAGUACUAGUUGUGGAUUAGCACAGGGUGACCCUCUUUCGCCAUUACUAUUCAAUAUUGUAACUGCCUGUAUAUCUAAAAGCGCAAAUAACGUGCAUAUUUCUCAAUAUGCUGAUGAUUUCCUUUUCUAUGCAUCGCAUGAAAAUGUAUUACAAGCUGCUGAAAGAAUACAAAUAUCUCUAAAUCUAGUUUCAGAUACUAUGUCAAAAAUAGGCCUAGAAAUUUCACCAAUUAAAAGUAAAGUUAUCAUUUUUAAAACUAGUAACAAACCUUGCAAUAUCGAAUUAAAAGUUAAUGGAAUAUCAUUAGAAAUAGUAGAUCAUUACAAAUAUCUAGGACUUUGGCUUGAUAAAUCUUUAAGGUGGUCCAAGCACAUAAACGAAAUAAGUAGUAAAACCGUAAAAUAUAUUAAUAUUUUUAAAAUUCUAGCAGGUUCACAAUGGGGCAUACAUCCACGUCAUUUAAGACGACUUUAUACAUCUUUGGUCCGAAGUAAGUUAGAUUAUUGUUGUUUCCUAUAUGAUAACAGCGCGCAGAUACAUUUAAAAAAAUUAAAUUUAAUACAAAAUCAGUUUUUACGUAUCAUAGGAGGAUUUAUCAAAAGUACGGCAGUCCAUGUCAUGGAGUCUGAACUACACAUUGAACCACUUUUAUUUCGUAGAUAUUAUUUGGCAGGUAAAUUUUGGCUAAAAUGUAAAUCAACCGCAAAUAGUGAAAUUAUUAGGCUAGUAGAAGAAUUAAAAUAUGCUUGCCAAAGUCUUUAUUGGAGAAAUAAGAAAAAGCCUUUAUUAAUAACAAUCCACGAAUGUCUUAAAGAAAAUUAUGUUAAAGCUAGUAGUAAUUUAGAUAUGUUUAAUUUACAAACAUGGAUGACAAAUUUUGACCUAUGUAAAAUAAUACAACCAACCAUAGAACAAAUUAAAAAACCAAAAAAAAUAUAUGACUUUGAAAUAUUAAGAACUAUUUGUAAUGAUUCAAUACAGCAAAACUUUCCAAAUCACUAUUAUUUGUUUACUGAUGGAUCUAAAAACCAAAGCGAUGUUGGAGCAGCAGUGUUUGAUCCACAAAACGCAUCCUCCGUUAAAUUUAAAAUAGAUUGUAAUAUUUCCAUUAUGCAUGUAGAAUUAAUUGCCAUUGCGGAGGCUGUGUCAUAUAUUAAGAGUGUUGAUUAUAGAGAUUUUGUAGUUUUCACCGAUUCGAGGAGUGCGCUUCAACAUAUUUCUCACUGUGGUUAUCCUGGUUUCCGGGGUGUUCCAAUGGCUUAUGACAUUAUAGAGACUAUAACCGAGCUCCACACAAACAAUAAAAAUGUUACGUUGCAGUGGAUACCUUCUCAUAUUGGCAUUGCGGGAAACGAAAAGGUUGAUAAAUUGGCAAGGGAAGCAGGGAUUGAUGGUAUACCUUAUCAGUGUUUACCUCCCUAUUCCGAUAUUUUAAUUAAGUUGAAAGCAAUUGUAAUAAAAUUUUGGCAGGAAUACUUCGACGAAAGAUCAAAAAGUAAAGGUAUAUGGUAUAGAACCAUACAACCAACCUUAUGCAACCAUCCUUGGUUUCUUGGUGCCAAUAUGAGCAGAUCCGAAACUGUAACUGCCUUCAGGCUGCGAUCCGGACAUAUUCCGUUAAACAGCUUUGCUGCAUUAAUGGGCAAAUCUACUUCACCAACUUGUUUAGAAUGCGAUAAAAUAGAAGAUGUGCUGCACAUAAUGGCUGAAUGCGUCCGGAACGAAGCAGAAAGGGCAGAAUUUCUUGUAAGAAUUAAUGUAAAUACUUUUGAUACUGGCAUAUGGAAUAGUAUUCUUGCCUUUCCAACGUCUGGAGAGGCAAGAAUGCUAUACAGAUUAGUAUUAAUAGGUUUAAGACGUCGAUAUUUGUAG